AUGUCUUCAGUAAGAGUGGGGAGUGACAAGGUUGUUAUUCGAAGCUAUGACAGGGAGAGAGAUCGAGAGAGAUUUGAAAAGCUUGAGAGAAACUGCGAGGUAGAGCCGAAGAAGAGCCCAUUUUUCAAGACCGACGUGUUGGGUGAUCCUCUCUGCAGGAUCCGCAAUAGCCCGACAUAUGAGAUGUUGGUGGCUGAACUGGGAAAUGAGCUGGUCGGCGUUGUUUGUGGCUCUAUAAAGGUCGUCAGAGCCGGUGGCUCACCGGAGGGCCGAGCUAAAGUUGGAUAUAUACUUGGUCUCAGAGUUUCAUCUCUACACCGGCGGAGAGGGAUUGGUUCAAGCCUGGUGUUCAGAAUGGAACAAUGGUUUGCAGCCAACCUUGUAGAUUAUGUAUACAUGGCCACUGACAAAGACAACGAGGCCUCGGUCAAGCUCUUCACAGAUAAGCUUGGCUUCAUUAAAUUCCGAACACCUACAAUACUAGUGAAUCCAGUAGGCAAUCGAAUGAUUCACAUCUCUUCAGGUGUGGAGAUAAAGAAGCUCGAUGUAGAACAAGCGGAGGUCCUUUACCGCAAAGUCAUGAGCUUGACCGAGUUCUUCCCACAAGAUAUAGAUAGCAUACUGGCAAACAAGCUAAGCUUGGGUACUUUCAUCGCAUAUCCACUAGGGGAAACAUGGGAGGGAUUAUUGGAUGGCGGUCCAUCAACACCGAAGAGCUGGGCGAUGCUAAGUGUGUGGAAUUCUGCUGCAGCAUUCAAGCUGAAGGGACCAGAAUCAGAUUCACUCAUGCGAUCUUUGUGUCACCAUGUCCACAACAUGGCAACCAGGUGCAAGGACUGUAAAGUUAUCGUCACAGAGGUUGGAAGCCAAGAUCUCGUUGGGACUUACAUCCCUCACUGGAAAAUGUUAUCAUAUUCAGAAGAUCUUUGGUGCAUCAAAGCACUCAACAACAAGAAAGGAGCUGCCUUAUAUGACUGGACUAAAGCGCCGCCGCCACAAACCCUAUUCGUCGACCCCAGAGAGGUGUAA